AUGUCUUCCUCAGGAGUUAACGUGCUCCGCUACACGGCCCUCGGCCUGGGCAUUUUCUACGGCUUCACACACCAAAGAUCCAUCACCUCAAGCCAGAAGGCUGCGGCCGCCCAGAAGGAGUAUGAGCGCAAGGAGAAGUUGAUAGAGCAGGCCAAGGCCGAGUUCGCAAAGAAGAACUCGCCCGUUAAGGCUGCGGAUGCCGGAGUCAACGUUGACCCCAUGGACCCCAAGUUUGAUCUUGAGGCCUACUUCAACAACUUGGUGAAGCAGAACCCGUGA